AGUUGUAGUUGCUUUAGUUAAUUAAGUUGGAGGUGUAGAAAAGGAGGAAGGGAGAUGGGAUUUGAUGAAGAAUAAGUGCGGAAGAGUAAUUAGUUUAAAAGAAGUAACAAAAUGGAUUUAAAAACUAGGAGAAUGUCUUUACGCGACUCGUUCAUGGGAGUAUUAUCAAGAAGAUCUUUAGUUCCGAGAAGGACUAAUAGACUGAAAGGGAUUCGGCUUUUCCAUUCCGCAGUUAGGCGUGUUUUGUUAUACGUGGAAUGGCUAACUGAAGUAGAACCUACGGAAGAAAUUGGUGACGAAGUUGCAAUUAAUAUUAGACUUGCUCAAGCGAAGAAAAUCGAGAAGAAAGCACUUACUGUGCAGGAUCGUUCUGUGCUGUUAACGAAACCAGAAGAUCGAACACAGGCUGACAGAACUUAUAUAUUCGAAUUAUUUAAAAGGUUUAGAGUAUUCCAAAAAUAUCCAGAACAUUUACAAGAAAUUCUAGCUGGGAUUUGCCAUUAUCAAUAUUUACCACCGAAUCGGACAAUAGUGCGUCAAGGUCACAAAGCUGUAAAUCUUUAUUUCAUUCUGAACGGAGAGGUCAGUGCAUCGAGGGUGGUCACCGAUCGUUGGACUAAGGAAUUACAGACAAUUGACAUGGGUACCUUGAAUCCGGGAGAUAUUUUCGGCGAAAUUGCAUUAUUACACAGAUUACUAAGAUCAGCGACGGUAGUUUCAAACACUACGGUGGAAUUAAUUUUAAUUAACAACGAAGAUUUCGACGAUAUUUUACGACCCACUUUGCUAACUGAAUGGAACAAAUUGCAAGACGCGUUAAUUCAUUUUAAUUACUUCAAAGGCUGGGAUGAGGAAACUAUACGAGAAUGUUGUAUUCUUAGUAGAAUAAAAGAAUUUCCGACUGAUGAGGUUUUACUAGGUGACGGUAAAGGGAUGGUGAACUUCGUGCACUUUCUGUUAGAAGGAGAAUGCCAAUUAAUAGAGCAUAUCAUUGUCCAUGAACAAGAAUCGACACACGGAAUGCACUAUGAAUUAUACGACCCUCAAAAGUUUGCUUCGCAAGGAGAAGCGAAAAGGUCGUCCAGAAGUAUGGAAUCUGUAGAGCAAAAACUUGAUGAGCUGGCAUAUGAACAUGAAUCUACGCGAGGGAGUAAAAUCGGCCUGAGGAAUAGUGACAAAGUAGAUUAUACUCAGUUGCUACUAUCGUCAAAACAACUUGACAAACGCACGGAUUUUGAUCGUUCGAGUAUUGUUACAACCACACUAUUGGAUGUUGUAAACGAGUGGCACAAAAUCACGGAUGUAGCAGAAAUGUUAUUGAGAGAACCAUCUUCCAUAUCCCAACAGUGUUAUCCAAGAAAUGUUCGCACAAUAUUCAUGCAAAUUUGUACGUUUAACAGAGGCGCCUGUUUCGGACUAGGAGAAAAUAUGAUUGACAGAAGAAUAGUAUCCACAUCUUACGUACGAUGUUUUUUAGUCCCACGUUAUUUUAUAAACGAAAAUAAUCGUGGCAAUAUUUGGGAACGGGUAAAAUUGUUUAUGGAUUCAAAAUUCCCAACUAAAAAACAACUGUUUAAGAAGUUUGUUAAUAAUCGCAGGUGGCGAAAGUAUAAAAAGGAUUUAGUUCAUGACAUAAGAAGAUCAGGUCACCUAAUACACAGUAAUGUGACUAUGCACGAUGUUCCUUACUCGAUUAGGAUUAUGGACGAUAUGAAUGGUGAUCUAUAAGAUCGUCAUUUAGUGUAAAAAGUUUAUUAUUGUACAAGUUACCUAAAUAAAAACAUGGUCCACGAUUACAAAAUUUAAAUUAACUCGACAAACAUACUUUCCCGUGACAUACUUUCACACGACAAAUUAAAACAUUAUAGUUCUUUGGUCUAAUAACUUGUCUUUUUUUAAAUUCGUGGAGUUGACAUUUUUUUAAAGUCACAUCGCGUUAAGUACCAAGGAAUAAAUUCUUCUUUUUAAUAUGCAUCCCGCAUAAAUUAAUGACACGCCGAAAGUUUGUAAUUUGAUUACAAAAUGUUUUGUAACCAUUUUCAAACGUUUUAUUUCGUGCACUGAAUUUUCACUUAUCGUUAAUCAAAUAAUAAGUACAUUAUUAAGAGCACACUGAUUAAACUUCAUUAUACACAUUUUAGUGUUUUUAUCUCUGUAGUACAUUCUCACAGUUAAAGAUUACUUAAUUCUAAAAUAAUACUAAUUCACAUGGCAUAAUAUCAGAAUAACAUAAUACUUAAUGAAAUGUUAAAACCCUGAUUUUGAAUUGUUUAAUAAAUUCUUUAAUUAGCAUAUCAAGUUCAUUGAUAUACACCUAAUGAAAUUCUGCAAAAUAUUUUAGGUAAACCUAAUGGUUUGAACAAUUCCAAAAUGUGUAACUAUAUAUGUAUAACAACUUUAAUUGUAUUGUUACAUUUCUUUCGAUACUUGUAGAAUGAAAGAUUACUUAGAAGUAUUAGAACAUACAAAAAUAUCGCUUUACUUAGAAAAUCUAACGUCAAUUUUCCUGUUCACAUAUACAUGUAUUGUAUAUAUUAUUAUGUACUUAUAUACGAAUUGACGUAACUAGCCAGGGGUCGUGUUGACCCCUCUACUUUACGAAUAUUUCAAUUCAUCACAAAUUUUUCAUAAACUCGGUAGAAUUUUAUUUUACCAGGAAUAAACAUUUAUGACACAACUAAAUAAAAAAAUGCUAGAUACUAGAUAUGUCUGGUAAAAAUAUAGGACCUGACCCUUCAGAAAAAAUCCUAGUUACAUCAAUACAUAUUUACUCAAAGAUAUAUUUAUCACUAUAUAAAUUUUACGACUAUCGAUGAAAUCUUACAACAAGAUAUGUUCUGAACAUUAUUUUCGAACAUUCAAUGAAUGGAUUAUAAAAAUAUAACGAUUCGCUAAUUAUGCUAAUUCGAAUGAUAUUCUUAUUCAUCUAAAAUCAGUAUUUAUAAAAUAGUUUAGACAUUGAUUUCAUAAAAACUUAACAAUGAACAAUAUCUAGUUGAUGUUCUUUGAUGAUACUUUGUAUCAUAGCUAAUUAUUAUUUCACUAUACUACUUAAACGUAAAGCGUUGUCAUGGCACAUUGAAAAUUUAAUAAUAUGACAAAAGGAUUUGAUAUUCAUUAGCGUAACUAGGAUUUUUGUUUAGGGUGGAUCAAAUGAUCUAUUAUACAUUCGGGUAAAAUAUCGAACAUUAUAUGGAUAUAGAAGCUGGUGAUAUAAGGAAAGGAUUAAUUAUUCCUACAAACUAUCACUUCUUAUAUUCCUAUAUUUUUAAAUUCUCAAAUUUCCAAAUUUCUUAAAAUUCCAAAUCUUAAAUUACCAAAUCUCUG